GAAUUCCGUGUUCGCAGAUUCAUUCCACACAGAAUUGCUGAUUCCUACACUUGAGUCAGUUAAUGUGUAACAGCUACGUAUUGCCAAUGUGCAGCAGACGUCCUUUUCCUCCGCCCUGAUUCUGAAUAUAAGCCAGCUCAAGAUGUUUCUUGCCAAAAGACUGAUUGGAGGCAUUCUGGAUGUGGUCAGCAACAUCGACCCAGCCCAGUUUGUACCCUCUGACCCUCCUCCUGUGCGUAGGCCCCACGCAUACGCAGAUCAGUAUGAGAGCGACGAGGAGAAGCAGUUCCGCAAAGUGUUUCAGCAGCUCGCUGGGGAUGAUAUGGAGGUUAGCCCCACUGAACUGAUGAACAUCCUCAACAGAAUCAUUUCCAAACAUCAAGGCCUGAAGACAGAUGGCUUCAGUAUAGAGUCCUGCAGGAGUAUGGUGGCUGUUAUGGAUAGCGAUAGCACUGGCAAGCUGGGCUUCCAUGAGUUCAAACACCUGUGGAACAACAUCAAGAAAUGGCAGGGUGUGUACAAGCAGUAUGACGCAGAUGGCUCUGGGAUGAUUGGUGCAGAUGAGCUGCCAAAUGCAUUCAGGGCUGCAGGUUUCCCUCUAAAUGACCAGCUCUUUGACAUGAUCAUCCGUCGCUACAGUGACGAAAGUGGAAACAUGGACUUUGACAACUAUAUCGGAUGCCUGGUGCGACUAGAUGCCAUGUGCCGUGCCUUCAAAACCCUGGACAAGGACAACAAUGGCACCAUUAAAGUCAACGUACAAGAGUGGCUUCAGUUGACAAUGUACUCCUGAAUACAGAAGACGCCAAUAAAUGGAGAAAUGUUUUGUUUGCACUGCACAGCCCUCAACCCCAAUCCACAUUCUCAAGGCUUCUCCAGCACAGAAUGUUGCUCCAAUAUGGCUCUGCUGCAUUCACCUGCAUGUUGUUUUUUUGCCUUCCUCUAUAUACUUUGUUUUUAGUACUUGUUUUAUGCACUUUGUCUUAACUGGUUUGCUUCAUGUGGAAUGCUGUAUUCUAGAUAGCAGCAGAUCAUUAGGGCCUCUAAGUAGCUGUACCAAUCAGGGACGGUAUCUGUAUUAACAGGUUCCAUCUGAUGUAAUUAGCGUGCACAAUUACAUCCUACGUACGUACACAAUUCUGUUUACAGACAUACUCACCCUCAGAUACGCACACACAUACACAUGCACGCGCACACACACACACACACACACACACUAAAGUACAAAGUGCCAUUGCUGCAUGGAGCCAGUAGGUGUCGAUAGACCAGCCAUACAAGAAUGUGGUAACAUUUGCCAUGGGUCACAAAAUUCUGUCACUGUUGUUAAUGCUCAUAUUUUAUACCAAAUAAAACAGUCAUUAUCGUGA